AUGCAGGGCGCAGGCUGGUCAAAACCCGAAUAUGCGCGUAGAUUAAUGGAUAUCGGCCAUUUUGGCUUGGCAGCCACGGAUGGCAAGAUCGGAAACUUUGGUAUAAAAGGAAACGAUCUGAGCCGGUUAGAAUUAGCAACUUGGGAUUUCCAGCAGUAUCAGUGCAUUUUGAAGCAACUUGUUUUGUUGAAUCGCUAUUUUUGUUCGAUGACAGUAACUUCGAAAAUGGAUAGUCCAGAAUACGUCUCUAAUACAGAAAGUUUAGCUAGAGAAAUGAAAGAGUCUAUGAAUCUUGAAAAUCCUCAAAAUGUUGAGAGGUCCGAUGAAGAGGCUCCAAGCCAUCCUCACAGGCCCCGCACUGGGUUUAGAGGCCCCGCGCCAGGACCCGAUUAUUACAGAGACGAGCACUUUGGCAGAGGGCCAUACCACGAUGAUCGACCAUUUGAUCGCGAAUUCAGUCGUGAAGAGCACCGCGAUUUUUUUGAUCAUCCCAGAGGUGCUCCCCCAAGAGGCGGUAGACAUGGUCCACACCACGGCAGAGGCAGACCUUCAUUUUAUCCACCACCCCCUCCUCCUCCUCCCAAGGUCGAAUACCAUUUCCACCACCAUGAGCAUUUAGCUAGCGGUCCUGGUUAUUUUGGUCCAAAUCGUGACUUCCACGCUGGCCCUGGCGACCGUUAUGGUUUUCCAUCGCAUAAUAUACCACCUUUCUUGAUGGAAAAUAAUUUCAGGACGCAUCAUCAUGACUUUUUAGGAGACCAUUAUGACACUUUCAGAGAUGAUCACGGUCCCUUCAGAGGUCACCAUGGCCCACCCAGAGAUCAUCACGGUCCCUUUAGAUAUCAUCAUGGUCCCCCCAGAGAUCAUCACUCCCCAUUUCUAUGGAGGUGA